AUGACCCAUCUCGCUCUGUACCUUUACCUCCACGGCCGUCUUGUUGACGAUGGCAUUCCUCAGGCCUAUGUCUCCGCGAUCUCGGUGGCUCUUACCCACGUCUUCUCCCUGGCUCUCGGUACCUCCAUGGCAGUCGGCAUGGCUCAAGCAUUCUGGUAUCAUUUACGCAAGAAGCCGCUUCCGAUCUGA